CCGGUGGGCGCCGGGCUGGACGCGGAGCAGCGCACUGUGUUCGCCUUCGUGCUCUGCCUGCUCGUGGUGCUGGUGCUGCUGAUGGUGCGCUGCGUGCGCAUCCUGCUGGACCCCUACAGCCGCAUGCCCGCCUCGUCCUGGACCGACCACAAGGAGGCGCUCGAGCGCGGGCAGUUCGACUACGCGCUGGUGUGAGGGGCGAAGUGGGAGCGGGCCCAUCCCAACUCCCUCGACCGCACCCUUCCCUACCCCAGCCCGGCCGGAGCCCCACCUCGUGCCUUUGUCCGUCCCAUCCCUUCCUCUGCGCACUGGCACUCGACCCCGACUCUGCAUCGGGCGGGAGGGGGACCCCGGCACUGACUUCCACCUUCCCCCGCUUGUGAGUGGCUCUGCUAUUGUUCGUGCCGGGUAUGAGUGUCGCGCAUCCUUUCUUUGGGAGUGGGGACCCCCCCUCCCGUCCCCAUCCCUUUCCUCCUCCCCACUUUCUGGCCACAUCCGGUGUCACCAUAAGUGAGUGUUGAGGUCCCCUCUGCGCCCUGCGGAGCAGGACGCCACAUCCCCAUGAUGCCCUGCACAUCCUGCCCGAGACCCAGACCCCUAAGACCCACCAUGGCUACUGCGCCCCGGGACGCCCGGCGCCUUGGUUCCCCAGGUCCGCACGCCCUUCCCCGAGCGCACCUCUGCUUCCAUGGGCCCCUGCCGCCUCCCCCCGCUCUCCUCUCGCCCCUGCUCCGCCUCUUCACUUCGCCCUGCCUCAGCGAUGAUGAUGGUGGUG